UGACUAGGGAGAGGCAGAGAAUGCUAUAAAUUAAAGGCCUCAGCUGCUCACUUUACAUAGCCUCCUCGCCCCUUGUCCAGACACUUCUGUCCCUUCAGGAGCCAGAUUGCUUGGGAACCAUCAUGGAGUCACUAGGCACAGCAACUGCACGGUUCGGGUUUGAUCUUUUCAAAGAGCUGGAUAAAACAGAUGAUGGCAACAUCUUCUUUUCUCCUGUGGGCAUCUCAACAGCCAUUGGCAUGAUCCUCAUGGGGACUGGAGGAGCCACUGCCUCUGAGUUACAGAAGGUACUUUACUCUGAAAAAGGUACAGGAAGCUCCAGAACAAAGUCAGAAGAGAAGGAGAUUAAGAAGACAGAAGAAGUCCAUGAUCAAUUCCAAAAGCUUUUGACUGAAAUAAGCAAAUUCCCUAGUGGUUAUGAACUGAACAUAAGCAACAGGCUGUUUGGAGAGAAAACAUACCUCUUCCUUCAAAAAUACAUAGAUUAUGUUGAAAAAUAUUACCAUGCAUCUCUGGAGCCUGUUGAUUUUGUAAAUGCUGCAGAUGAAAGUCGAAAGAAGAUUAAUUCCUGGGUUGAAAGACAAACAAAUGAAAAAGUCAAGGACCAGUUUCCAGAAGGCUCUUUGAGCAGCUCCACUAAGCUGGUGCUCAUUAAUACAGUUUAUUUUAAAGGCCUGUGGGACAGGGGGUUUGAGAAAGAACAUACCAAGCAGGAGGACUUCUGGCUGAAUAAGAGCACAAGCAAACCUGUGCAGAUGAUGACCCAGUGUAGCUCCUUCAGCUUCACCCUUUUAGAGGACCUGCAGGCCAAAAUUGUGGGGAUUCCGUAUAAAAACAACGACCUCAUCAUGUUUGUACUUCUGCCCAAUGACAUAGAUGGUCUGGAGAAGAUAAUUGAUAAACUAUCUCCCGAGAAGCUGGUAGAGUGGACCAGCCCCAGACACCUGCAGCAAAGGAAAGUAGACCUGCGUCUGCCUCGCAUGCAGGUGGAGGAGACCUAUGAGCUGGAGCCCACGCUGGAAGCUAUGGGCAUGCACAGUGCUUUCAGAGCGCAUGCGGACUACUCAGGAAUGUCUGCUCACUCCGGGCUGCAUGCCCAGAAGUUUCUGCACAGAUCCUUCGUGGUGGUGACCGAGGAAGGCGUUGAGGCCGCUGCAGGCACUGGCAUGGGCUUCAUGGUCUCGUCAGCUGCAGGCUGUGAACUUAUGCACUGUAACCACCCGUUCUUGUUCUUCAUCAGGCACAGAGUGUCCGACAGCAUCCUCUUUUUUGGCAGGUUUUCUUCUCCCUGAGACAUGGAGCUGGGACAUGGCUCCAUCAAGCAGCGCUCAGAGUUGACAGACCAUGGGAUUCAUACACGUGCUUCCGAGUCCGCUGCACUCCGACUUCAGGUGCAAUGGCAGCAACAGCAUAUUUUCAUAACUUGUUUGAAAGUGAUCCCGAACGUGUGUGUGUGACACGCAGGAGGCUAGUCAGCUUCAGCUCAGUUCUCCCCUGAUUUCUUUCGAAAGGUUUUUGUGUAUUGAGGGGCAAAAUUGCUUUUUUUAAAAAAAAUAAGUAUGGACACUAUGGGGAAAUUUAGGGCUCAUCCAGUUCUAGGUUUUUGGCAUAUUAUAAACACAAGUAAAAUAAAAUAAUAAAUUACUCAGAUAAUGUGUUUUUUUCCUUUCCCUGUACUCAGGAGAGAGAAUUUAGAAAUGUGUCAAUGGAAUAUAAGUCAAAUGCCAGGAAGAAUUAAACAACAGUGUGCCAGAUAGAAAGAUUUCCUUGUUUUUAUCCUCUAUGCUGACAAUAUAUCCCCCACGUUCCUUUCAGCAUCAGUUUGGUAUUAGAAACAAUUGCGAAGGUAAAUGUAUCUGACCAAUACUGCUACCCCAUCAUUCUUUUAGGUUUUGGAAAGUAACUAUUUGGACUAUCCUUUAGAAGAGUGGCCAUUUUUUUUUGCCCUCUUGAAUUUUUCUGUUGGACUCUUGAGUGAGGGAUGGCUACUGCCAGAUGACAUUUCCUUUUAAUUUUUCUUUUAGUUUUGAGAUUAUAUAUAGUAUUUCUCCCUUACCCCUCAAAUCCUUCCAUAUACCCCUCCUUACUCUCAAAUCCAUGGCCUCCUUUUUCAUUAAUUGUUACAUACAUAUAUGUACAUGUGUAUAACAUCCCCAGAUAUGAUCUACUCAUAUGACACUCAUGCUUUCAUGGUGUGGGUAAUCAGUUGGUGGGCUUCCAUGGAGAAGAUUAUUUCUCCAUCUUUGAGCAUUCCUUAUUUCACUGUAAUUCUUUUAGGGCUGAGAUCUCAUGGACUUCCCCAGUAUACUUUGCCAUAUUUGUUGAUAACCAGAUGACACUUUCUUAAAGUUGCCUUUGAAAAGCUCUAUGUAUUUGGCUAACACCACAUUUCAGACAUGAUUCAGGCUUCAGUUUUAUCAGUGUUUAGUAAGAUCACAUUGAUGACUUAUUUAACAUUUUUCUUGAAGUAUCAUUGCACAAGUUAUAUAUUCAUUGAUUUUUUUGAUCAGCUCUUAGGGUUGCUCAUCCAUCAUCAUAAGCCAGUUUUAGGUCAUUUCCUCCACCUAAAAUGCUUCUACUUAGUUGUCCUCACCUCCAACCACAGGCAACCACUCUCUCCUCUGGCUUUGUAGCUUCUUGAUUUCUAUGUCUCACAAAAGCAGGCUCACAACAUAUUAUAUUUCAUGCCUCACUUCUUUCCUCUUGAUUCUUAAUUUCCCUCUAUUGGUGAAAGUAUUCUGCUUCAUGGAAAAGAUCCUUUUAUUUAUCCAUUUGCCAGCCAAUUAUUUUCUUAUUUCCACUUUUUGGCCAUUGUAAAUAUUACUAUUAUGAACAUUCAUAUGAAGGUAUUUGUAUGUAUAUAUGUUUUUUACUUCUCUUGAGUAGAUUCUUGGAAUAGAGUUGCUGGGUUACACAAUAAAUAACAUUUUGGUUUUUGAAUAAAUCAUCAAAUUUUCCCUAUGUCAGCAUCAUUUCACAUUUCUACCAGAAGAGUAUAAGGGUCCAGUGCCUUCACAUGUUUGCUGGCAUCAGUAUUGUGUCUUGACAGUUGGAGUCUUUCCUUUGGGUGUAAAAUGUUCUAUAGUGAUUUUUUUCUUGCAUUACUCUAAUGAUUAAUUAAGAUGAACAUUUCUCUCCAUGUACAUUUGGUUAUUUGUAUGAUUUCUUUGUUGAAAUGCACCACCAAAGCAAUCAGUUAUUUUAAAGUGGCAGCUUACUUUGUCUUAUUAUGGAUAUAAGUUUUUUAUAAAAUAUG